UCACCCCACAAUUCCGGAUUCACGGCUCAGCUCGUCCAAGUUGUCCAACGGCCAACCUCAGACCUCAAGCCUCCAGCUGGCUGGCUCUUCUGAUCUUUUCUGACGAUCUAUGUACUGUACUCAAUUGCAACCGCCGUCGCAUUCGCCAAAAUGUCCCGCACCAUGGCGAUGCCGCCGCCGCCUCCGCUUCUCCUGACGAAGCGCGUGACGUCUUUUCUCCGCGCCAAUCUCUCCCCGCACAUCCACUCGGCCAUGCUGACCACACCCGCCGGGAACCUCCUCGCCCACGCCAGCAACCUGCCCGCGAGCGCUCUCCGCCGUCAGUGUGCCGUAGCUGCGUCGCUAUGGGCGCUCCAGGGACCAGCCCCAAACAGCGAUUCGAGAGCAGCAGAAGACGCAGGGCCCUCCUCUCCAGAAGCAGCAGCAGCGACCAUACCGCCGGGGAGCACCAUUACCACCAAGAAGAAGAGCAAACACUCUGCGCCGACUGUCACGGUGCAGCUCGACAGCGGCGCCAUAUUCGUGAUCCGCCGCCUGCGGUGCGGCAUGCUGUUCGUUUGCAUGGGCGGCACCGAAGAAGGGAACGGUUCAGCAGGAUCCAGAACCCCAACAACACAAACCCAAACCCAAACCCACCAUCACCAUCUCCAACCUUUGACCACCAACCCGUCUGUCGGAGCCGGGACCGGGACCGGAAGCGGAAGUGGGAGCGCAAGCGGCACAGCAACCCCGACGCGCAGACCCACCACCCCAUCGAAGCAGAAUGAGCCCACCACCACCCCAAUCAUCAACAACUCCAACACGACCGAUAACCCGACAACAGACCCCAACUUACCCGUCAACCCCCCACCAGCGGUGUUAGCACCAACACCAACAAUAAUCUCAACAACCCCCGCACCGGCGCAAGCGCAGGCAGAGACACAGGCACGACCAACAACGCCAACGCUGCGGCUCCAACCGCAGCCGACCCCACCGUUGGGCUCUCCAUCACCCUCCGAGUCAGCAGUCAGCAUCCUGACAACACACACGGCGCACACGACGGGCGGCGCGUCGUCCGCCGCAAGCAUGGCCACCACCACCACCACCUCGGGAAGCAGCGUGCUGGCCAUGCGGCGGCAGGUGGAGGAGCUUGCGCGGUGGCUGGACGACCGGUUGGGAGGGCUAUGCGUGCCCGAGGAAGGGAUCGGGGUUGGCGGGAUCGGUGGGGACGGGGACCGGGAACGUGGCAGGAAUGGGAAUGGGAAUGGGAAUGGGAUGCGGUUGGAGGUUCGGUGAUAUUACUUAGGUACCUACCUACCUACCUGCCUGCGUGAGAGAUGGGUGGGAGAUGGUCCAGGUUUUGGAUAGGCCGAGAGCACGGGUUAUUGUUUACUAUGGAUCGGAGCGGUGUAGAGUCAAAAGACAACGGGCUGGAGUACCGUUAGAGCGAUAGACAAAUACCAAUGUGGUCUCUUAGAAAGACAGUAUGAAGAAAUAAGCG